CUAUCCCCGUUCGUGCGUCAUUUGGAUUGGGAGAUUUGGUGGAAUCGAGGGACCAGCUACAAGGCUUGCAUUGUGUUUCCUCCAUGCUUACCAUCCUCGAUUCUCAUUUCCCCGAAAGUCACAUCAAUCGAUUCUCUCCAAUCUCAGACGGCAACCAUAGCUGUUUCCCCUUUUGUUCUAUUUCUUAUCUAAGCUUUUUUAUCCCUUCCAGUCUUGCAGAAUUUGGUUUUUUCCUUCCUUUCUGUUUAUUUUUGGGUCGUUUCCGAGGAAGUCAUUUAGAGGUUAACACAAGAACGCGGGGAGUACUUUUAUAGAAUGGUGGGAGAAUGGAUCAUAUCAUAUCAUAUACUUAUGUCUAUACACCAGUAU